AUGACGACUUUAUCAGUUGCAAUGGAUGCAAUUGCACCACCUUGCACUUUUAAGUGUGUACAUGUCAAUGGAAAACUGAUAUUUUUUCCUUCUCCUGCAGUGAUGGAAUGUGGAUUCUCUUAUACUGAAGGGAAGGGCCCAGAAGACGAUAACCUAAAAGGGAGCAACCCAUCUUCUGAUGCUCAGAAAUCUCAUCAGAAGCCCUUGGACUGGAGGGAAUUCCGAGCAUCUCUCUACAUUCAGGAGCUGCAGGCGGCAAAUGCAGUCUCUGACACUCGCAAGCAAGAGGGAACAAGUUUUGGUCCGAAAGCUCUUCCCUUGAAGUGGGCACAUCCAAUUUCAGCACCUGAGAAUGGCUGUGUUCUUGUUGCCACUGAAAAGCUCGAUGGAAUUCGUACUUUUGAAAGAACGGUAGUUCUCCUCCUCAGAUCUGGAACCAAGCACCCACAAGAGGGUCCAUUUGGUGUAGUCAUAAACCGGCCACUAGGCAAAAAGAUCAAACACAUGAAACCCACAAAUCUCGACCUGGCAACAACCUUUGCUGAUUGUUCCUUGCACUUCGGUGGGCCCCUUGAGGCAAGUAUGUUUUUACUAAGAUCAGGGGCUGGUUCAGAGCUACCUAGGUUCGAAGAGGUGGUUCCUGGUGUGUGCUUUGGUGCUCGAAACAGUUUGGAAGAAGCAUCUGCAUUGGUAAACAAAGGGGUGCUUAAACCUCAAGAUUUCAGAUUCUUUGUUGGCUAUGCAGGAUGGCAGCUUGACCAGUUGAGGGAAGAGAUUGAAUCCGGCUAUUGGUACGUUGCCUCAUGUAGCGCAAAUCUGAUUUUUGCAGGUUCACAAACUUCGUCAUCAGAGAGUUUGUGGGGAGAGAUAUUACAGUUGAUGGGUGGUCAGUAUUCGGAAGUAAGUCGGAAGCCUAAGCAAGACAUAUAAGCUUCUCAAUGAGCAUUCAGGUUUGAUAGAAAGAGAAGUUUGUGUGAAAGUCAAAUGUACAUAAUGGUGGCACAGGUCCUAAUCUAGUAGAGCUCUCGUCUUCCAUUUCUGCUUUCUCUCCUAGACCUUGCUAAUAAGUUAUGAUCAAUGUAUGUAAAUGAAUAACUCUUUGGAGGAUCCUAGUAUUAUGAUUAAUUUAACGUCUCAUUGCUUCUCUAA